UACUAAAGAACACUCUUUGGCCGUAUCUUUUUGUGCAGUAGGAAAAGAUGGCAAAUUUUAAAGGUCAUGCACUUCCCGGGAGUUUCUUCCUUAUCUUUGGCCUGUGGUGGUCUGUGAAAUAUCCACUGAAGUACCUCUGUCGAAGGAAAAAGAACUCUUCCAUUGGUUCCAAGACAGGAUUUCAUCGCUUAGAAAUAGCAGAAGGCAUAGCCAAAGCCUCCUUUGCCCUUAUUGGUAUGAUCGCCGAGCAGUUUGUUCCUGAUGGGCCGCAUCUGAAGUUGUAUAAUUAUGAAGAGAAACAAUGGGAUCACCUAAUGAACUGGCAGCAUGCAACCAUGUAUCUUUUCUAUGGCAUCUCAGGGCUGGUAGACAUUGUGGUGCACAGCACUAACGUAUUACCAGUAGCCUUGGACAGGAUGAUGCUUUCGAUUGCUGUUUUUGUGGAAGGUUUUCUCUUUUAUUUCCACAUCCACGGGCGAGCUAUGUUAGAUUUCCAUGUUCAUCAGUUACUUUUGGUGGCUGUCUUUGGAGGAGCUGCUUGCAUCUUCUUGGAGGUCUUCUUCCGUGGUGUCAUUGUCCUUGAGAUGUUCCGAACAAGUCUUUGUAUACUGCAGGGGAGCUGGUUCUGGCAGAUUGGAUUUGUACUUUAUCCUCCAAGUGGGGGGCCAGAAUGGAAUCAAACGGACCACAAUAAUAUCAUGUUCAUCACCAUGUGCUAUUGCUGGCAUUAUGCAUUUGCACUUCUAAUAAUGACUUUGAAUUACACUGUAAUCACCUGGGUAGUUCGCACAAAACUAAAACAAGCUCCAUCCAUGGAAAUUGGAUUAUUGAAAACAUCUGAGCGAGACCAGGAAUCGGAAGAUGAGAUCUAAUUCAGCACAAAUAUUUUCUUAAGGUUUAGCACCUAUUCUUUCCAUUUCUGAAUUGUAAUGACGUUGUUUAUCACAUCAUUAAGACUGUGCAUUAAUUUAUGAAACUUCCAUUAGUGCAUCGUUUAUCCUUUGCUUGAAGUAGAAAGAGAAUGUUUUGCUAAUGAAUAGGCUG